CGGCCGCCGCCUCCCGUCGUCCUCUCAUCCCCCGUCGUCUUUAUCAUCUGAUAGACCGAUGGACACCAAUAGAAAACCUUGCCGCGAUGGCGCGAACCCACGGCAAACCCAUUCCGAUUUCGUCCUUCGGGAAGGCCGUCGUACUCUGCUUGGCCCUGUUCGCCGCAUGGCGCCUCUGCUCGACCCUGUUCGCCGACGCGCCUCCUCGUCCUCGUUUCAAUGUCCGCGAUGCGUCGUGCCUGCCUCUCGCCAGGGAGGUCGGCGUCCGGGCGGCCGCCGGCACGGGAAGCAACUUCGUCGUCUCGCCGCUGUCGAUCCACGCGGCGCUCGCCAUGGUGACCGCAGGCGCGCGGGGCGACACGCGUAGGGAGCUCCUGCGAUUCCUCGGUUCAGCGUCGCUCAACGAGCUGCACCGCGCGCCAUCGAACGAGCUCGUCGGCAGGCUCAACGGCAUAGCGCAGACGUCCUUCGCCUGCGGCGUGUGGGUCGACCGGAGGCGGGCGCUCAGGCUAGAGUUCGCGGCCACCGGCGCGUCGCGGUACGGCGCCACGGCGGAAUCCGUGGACUUCGUGUCGGGGGCCGAGCAGGCGAGGCUGCGCGUGAACGCCUUCGUGGCGGACGCGACGAAGCAGCUCAUCCGCGACAUCCUCCCUCCCGGCUCCGUCGACUCGUCCACGGCGGUCGUGCUCGCCAACGCGCUCUACUUCAAAGGAGCGUGGUCUCACCCGUUCGACCUCUUCACGGCGCCGUUCCACGUCCCAGGCGGCACCACCGUGGGCGUGCCGUCCAUGACGACAGGCCGGUCACAGUACAUCGCGCUCUACCCGGGCUUCAGGGCACUCAAGCUGCCCUACAAGAACGACGUACUGCGGCAAGCUGAUGCAUUCUACAUGCUUAUUCUUCUCCCGGACAGCGGCACUCUCAGUCUCGCCGAUAUCUACGACAAGGCGGUGUCGACGCCAGAGUUCAUCAGGAAGCACAAGCCGGUGAAGAAGGUUCCGGUGGGGCGGUUCAUGGUGCCCAAGUUCAAGUUCACCUUCGAGUUCGAGGCGUCGUCGGAUAUGGGAAAGCUUGGUGUCACCAGGGCUUUCAAAGUCGGCGACUUCUCAGGCAUGGUGAGCAGCGGAGAUGGGCAUGGGCAGGUCUCCAUCUCCCGAGUGUACCAUAAGGCCGCCAUCGAGGUGGACGAGCAAGGCACCGUGGCCGUUGCUGCCACGGUCAUACGCAUGGAUGGUAGUGCGUUUGAGAAAAAGGAACCACCGCAUUUGGUAGAUUUUGUGGCGGAUCGGCCCUUCUUGUUUGCCGUGGUUGAGGAGAUGACAGGUUAACUGAAUAAGUACAUGAUUACUCUAUAAAAUGUGGAACACUUAGGUUUUCGAUUUGAGUAAUUGAACAUGUGGAACCAACCUUGUGCACAAGAUUAAUGUCUAGGAACUCAGAAUCCCAACCAAUAAUGGUACAACCAAGGAAGGGCAGGAGAUGCAAGCUAUGAAAUCGUACUCUUCUAGUUAUGCCCUGGCAUUUAAUCUUGGAUAUGAUUUUGUUGAUAUUGUGUCAAAGUCUUAAAGCAAGCAGUCAAUAAUCACUCUUGUCUCUUGGACAGGAAGGAGUGUCCAGCCUUUUACUGUUUUAC